AGAGAGAGAGAGAGAGAGAGAGAGAGAGAGAAUGGGAGGAGACCGGCGCACACAAUGCGCAUGUGCAGACGGUGAGAUCUGUGCUGCGGUGGAGCAGGGACUGGACACACACCGCUAGAGAGAUGGCGCGGCACCCGACCGGAGCGCAAGGACAGCUGGUUGGCGACGGGGGGGCUUGAAUUACAAAGAAGAAGAAAAAAAUAUAUGGUUAUAAAAGCAAAACAAAAAAAAAAAAAAAAAAAAAAGAAAAUGAUAAAUACAAGAAUAUUUAGAUAUAUAUUUAAAGAAGAAAAAUAACAGAUUUUGAAGAGACAUUUCAUUCCUGGAGAGCGGCGGCAGAGAGGUAGGAGAAUAAUCGAAUAUUGUAACACAGAGAGGAGGAGGCUGCUGCAAGGAGGACACCAAAAAGCAACAAAAGCAAACUGAACUUUACUGGACGCGUGGACUUCCUGGACGUCGGCUUACGGCAGUAGGUCAGAUAGAUGGUUUGUCCACAGCGCUGCCCGGAUCAUGAACGCGCAGCUGUCGAUGGAGAACAUAGGCGACCUGCACGGAGUGAGCCAUGAGUCCGUCGCCGGCCACGGAGAGCUGCUGAGCGGCCACAGUCCGCACUCCCGCCCGAGCCCGCGGGGUCUGGGCCACCGCGCUAUGGGCAUGGCCACCCUACUGGACAGCGGAGACUAUCACCCCGGCCACCCGGGACACCUGCAUCCAGCCAUCAGCAUGUGCGAAGCCCCCCACGGCAUGAGCGCGAGCACCACUUACACCACCCUGACCCCCCUGCAGCCCUUACCCCCCAUCUCCACCGUGUCCGACAAGUUUCCCCCCCAUCACCACCACCAUCACCAUCCCCACCAUCCGCACCCGCACCCGCACCAGAGGCUCCCCGGGAACGUCAGCGGCAGCUUCACGUUGAUGCGGGAGGACCGCAGCUUGGCGCCCAUGAACAGUCUGUAUCCCGCGUACCAUCACAAAGACCCCUGCAUGGGCCAGAGCCUCUCCCCGCUGUCUGGUUCUGGACUGGCCAGCAUACACACGUCUCAGGCUGGCAUCCCUCCGUACGCUCACCCCGGCGCCGCCAUGCCCGGCGAGAAGAUGCUCACGCCCAGCGGGUUCGAGGCUCACCAUCCGGCCAUGCUCAGCAGACACGCCGAGCAGCACAUGACCUCCUCCGCCGGGAUGGUGCAAAUCAACGGCUUGCAUCAUCACCCGCACGCCCACCUCGGCGCGCAGGGCCACGGCCAGGGACUGGGUAGCAACCGGGAGCAGGCCUCCGGGCCUGGGCACCAAGGUGGCGGCGGAGGAGGGGGAGGAGGAGGUGGCGGUGGUGUUUCUGGGGGACAGAUGGAGGAGGUGAAUACCAAAGAAGUCGCGCAGAGGAUCACCACGGAGCUGAAGCGCUACAGCAUCCCUCAGGCCAUCUUUGCUCAGCGGGUCCUGUGCAGGUCUCAGGGGACCCUGUCCGACCUGCUGAGGAACCCCAAACCCUGGUCGAAGCUCAAGUCCGGCAGAGAGACGUUUCGUCGCAUGUGGAAGUGGCUGCAGGAGCCUGAGUUCCAACGCAUGAGCGCGCUCAGGCUCGCAGGUGAGCGAAGCCUCGCAUGCAAGCGCAAGGAGCAGGACCACGGCCGAAGCGAGCGAGGGAACGUGACCAAGAAGCCCCGGCUGGUGUUCACGGACGUCCAGCGGCGGACGCUCCACGCCAUCUUCAAGGAGAACAAGCGUCCGUCCAAGGAGCUGCAGCUCACCAUCGCCCAGCAGCUGGGCCUUGAGCUGGCCACGGUCAGCAACUUCUUUAUGAACGCUCGGCGCCGGAGCCUGGACAAGUGGGUGGACGACGGCUCCGGUCACGCGCCCAACUCGGGGCCCAACGUCUGCACCAAAGCCUGAAGUCAGACUGAACCUGACCAACUCAUGGACUGAUUCAACCUCGGUGGAAAAGCUUUAAAAAAAAAAAAAACCAAACACUUCUGAGAAACAAAGAAAACUUAAAAGACCUUGAAGCAACAUUUUGCCCUUAAACCUGUACUAUAUUGAUAUUUAUAGUAUCCAAAGAUGAAAAGCAAACCAAAGACUUCUUGUUUGACCUGCUUUACGAUGUUUGUUUCAGCGACACAGUUUUUGUGUAACAUACUGCAAAAAGACUUUACUCUCUUUCACACACACACACACACACACACACGCAAGCACGCAGACGCACUCACAAAUACACAUACACACCCAGGUCUCUAGCUUUAUUACACCCCCCUUCACCUCCCUACUGUGUAUCAGUCUGUCAUUUGCCAUCCUUAUCUCUAAUCUGAUUGGUUGGUUUUAAUGAUGGGUCCCUAAGAGGAGGUCUAAUCAGCCUAUAGGCAGUCUGGUCUGCAGCUGUCCACAGCCUGAGAAAAAAAAAAAAAAAACAUGGAUGAAUGUGGAGUUCCAGCGGGAUUGGCCAAUCAACUUUAAAAAGAAAGAACAUUUUCAUCCUGCGGGGGAGCGACCCGGAUUGUUCUGCAACCUUGUUUGGACCAGUGGCGUGGACUGUAUGUCUGUUUGUCUGUCUGUCAGUCUGUGCAAGUCGUCUGUCGUUCUGUCGAGCAUUCCAGACAGACGGGCGGGCAAGGAAAUGUCCUUUCGUAGACUGCUAACCCAAACCCAAACAGCCUGAACCAAACCAAAAAGGAGAAGAAGAAAAAAAUGGAGCUCGGCCUAUUUAGUGGUGCUUUCUUCCAACAUGCUGAUGCGUUCAGUCGGGAAAAUAAAAGAAACCAAUCGGCAUCAAGCUUCUUGUGCCGCACAGAAACGAAACCUACAAAGACCAAAGAAUAUAUUUAUUCAAAACGUAGGUAUGGGCAAUUAUGAUAUUUUCUUGAUAUGAUAACAUCAAGUUUCAAAGUGUCAUUUUAUUUGCAAAAAAAUUAAAUCAAACAUUUAUUUCCAGAUUCAACUGCUUUUACUAAGUAGAGCAAAAACAAAAAAAUGACUUGACAUAGUGUUUAUGACACUUACUGAAAUGUGACCUAUAACAAUUAUUUAUUCAUGUUAGUUUUGACACAAAAUACUUUAUAGAAUUACAUGCCAUGAAGGUAAAUACGGAUAUAUUUUUGGCCAUUUUGCCAUGACUGUCCAUGUUUUUUCAGUCAUACCAUUCACAAGCGGCUGAAUUUGUCCCUUUUUACAUAAGAAAAAAAAAAAGCUGGGCAGCAACAUGUGGGGGAGGGCAAAGCUGCAUUACUUAUAUGCUGUGCUUCCCAAAGUUGGGGGAUGGGGGGCUGCAACGUGGGUCCCAAAUCAACAAGCGUGGGAUCUUGGGAGUCCCAAGUAAAUCUGAAAAAUAUUAUGAUGAACCGUAUUUGUGGUAUAAGUCUUAACAGCGAUACCACUCAGACAUGCCUCGUAAUAAAAAAAUAUAUGUUUGCAUCUUUACGCAUAAGAACAUCAUUGCUUAUUUUUCACAAAAUGUUUGUUUUAUUCAUAAAUCCUAAGACACAAACCUUCCCCCUUCACAUAAAAACGUGACCCAAACAGAGUCGCAUUGAAACGAAUCAGUAGCUGCCACACGUUCAGCUCCACUUGAUCUUCUUUAACAGUGUGUUUUCUCCACACAAACCGCACGUGACAGAUAGCCUCCGAUGUUUUUUCUUUUUCUUUUCUUUUUUUUAAGGACAAACUGUGUCACCGCUUUAAUAAUCAGGACUGUGGUGUCAGUCCAUCGUCGCCGCAUGCGUCUCACGUGGAUUUGAUUUGAUCUCCUCAUCAAAGAUGUGCAGCUGAGGAAUUGAUAUCAAUGAUCGAAUCACUUUGGGGCGCUUACACGGCAAUGUCAACUCGUCACCUGAAUACAAAAGCAUCUUUAUACGUCAGCUUGCUGCCAAGUCCCCCCCCCUCCCCUCUCACCCCGCCCUCACCUUCCCUGCAUUUCAGCACUUGGAGGAAAGCACUACAUGGGCCUGGCUCUGGGGUGGCACAGCAUUAAAUGUAUUAAACUGAGCCCCCCUCCUCCUCCCCUCCCUCCCUUCCCUCGUCUGGGGUUAGCAGAUGUACAUUCAUCACAACGGAUCUCUGAAGGAGAAGAGGCCUUCUUCUUCGUCGUCAUCUCUCGAGAGAAAAACCAAAAAUAUGACAAAACAAUGUUUCAAGACCUGCUGAUGUUUUGUUUUGUUUUUUUUCUUUUUUUUUCUUCUUCUUCUUAGUGUGAACCAAAGAUGCUACCUCACUCAAGUUCCAUACGUGAUUUCUAUCACUUUUGAUGAUACCAAAGAUAACCAAAGAUUUUUUCUAAUUGCACGGCCUCUGAGUGGUGUUCAAAGAAGUGUGAUGUAUGUGUCCUGUCCUCUUUUCAUUUAGCCCCCUAUCUCUCUCUCUCUCUCUCUCUCUCUUGCAUCUUCACUCUUGUCCUGUCCUUCUCCCUGCUCCAGACCCUCCGACCUGCAAUCAACCCAUGUGUCCUCUUUUUAUUUUACUUUUUUUUUUAUUUUUAUGCGUGCUCUUGCUUAAUUUGUGCUACGAUUCCAGCUCCAUAGAUAGCCCUGCUGAUGCAGGUAAAGGCAGACGUGCUGAUCCAGCCAUAGAUGCACACAACCGUCCAUGCAGGUGCCUGCAGAGUAGACUUGUAGUAACGAGAUCUUUCUUAGUUAUUCCUACUGCUUCUUCUUUUGACAA